AUGACGCCCAAGGGAUCUCGCAAGAGAGUGAAGACCAGCCCAUCCGGCGUGGACUCACCGGCUGGACUGAGCGGUGAUGCCGGAGACCGCUCAGAUUCCCAGCCACGGGGGCACAAUGCCAGCUGGUACCCCGGGUCCUGGUCUUCCAUUGCGAGAGUGUCCAAAGCAGCCCCAGUUACCGAGGUUGCCCGUGAGAGCAUUUCAGCAGCCAAAUCUGUAGCUUCGAACGUCACGAACUCAUCGGCUUCUUUUCUUGAUACCCCAACGAAGAAUCGACACCCUUCCAUUCAACUUACGCAAAAAGCGGGCGCCUCGACCAGGUCUCUGCCCGCUGACGCUACCACCACCCGAGUCAACAUUGCAUCGGAUGGUUCGGCUUCCACUACGGCUGCCGACGAUACCGAAGAUCCCAAGGCUGUAGAACCGGCAACAUCUGAUAAAGAAGCACCCGACGAGAGUGAUAUCAAGCCGCUAGAGGAACCAGUCAAAGAGCAGGAGGCCACCCCUAAGGCCGAUCCUAGCAUAUCGCAUGCGGGAUCUGCAGAGGGCCCUGAACAAUCUAGUGGUUGGCGCUCGUGGAUCUAUGGACCAUCAACUACAUCUGAACGUCCUGCGAAUGUCCCAGAAUCUACACAGGCCGUGGGAAAUCCGUUAGCCGAAAACCAAAUGGCAGAGCAGGUUGCCCAACCUCCUGUAAAAGACUAUAUAGCACGGGAAGAAGAACUGGAACCGGAACCAGAGCAGACCAAAGAUACUGCUGAAGUCACCCAAACAUCCCAGAAGCGAUCGUGGCUCCAGAUGUGGUAUGGUACAAAUACAUCGAGCAAGCAAGAAUACCCACCAUCUACAGAGUCCACGAUCUCCCCUUCCGCGAAUCACAAUUCCACCGAGGCUCCUGACACAAACAUGGCACCGCAAGAUCCCCCAGCUGAGCCAACAGAACCAGCUCACGGAUCACAAACCCCGGUCGGAACUACGAGAUCAUCUGGCUGGUCAUUCUGGUCCAAAGAUCCAAACAAAGAUGGACCCUCCAAUAAACCGCAGGAAGGCGAAGCUAUCGAGGCGUCAAUGGGACCUAACUCGCCAUCAAAACAUACAAUGCUUGAACCAGACACAGAUUCGAAUGUCAAGAUAACCCAGAAAGGCAGUAUCAAAGUCAAGCCCCCAAAAGACAACCGUCUCAAAGAUGGAUAUGGGACCACCACUGAAGGCACUCCUACAUCUAUGCCGCCUGUUGAACCUCGACCAGCCGAUACCACCGCCUCGAAACAAUUACAGCAAAUUCUCCCAAACCAAGUACUGCCCAAGUUCGAAGAAACUUAUGCGUAUGAGCAAUCGCCCUCCAUCUUGCAAAGCCUCAGUCGACUCCUGCAUUAUGGGAAAGGACCAGAGGUUAGGCACGUCAGCAGGGUCAGAGAUCCGCUGCAUGUGAGACGGGCUUUGGCUAUUGGUGUCCAUGGAUAUUUCCCCGCCCCUUUCAUUCGAAAUUUACUUGGACAACCCACAGGGACAUCCAUCCGGUUCUCUAAUAUGGCAGCAGAUGCCAUCCGGAAAUACACCGAAAGCCAUGGCUACUCUUGCGAUAUUGAAAAGAUCGCAUUGGAAGGAGAAGGCCGCAUUACGGAGCGAGUGAAUCUCCUGUGGAAGCUGCUUCUGAAUUGGAUGAAAGAAAUCCGCAAGGCUGAUUUCGUCAUGUUCGCAUGUCACAGUCAAGGUGUGCCAGUAACGAUUAUGCUAGUUGCAAAGUUGAUACAGUUCGGCUGUCUUGAUGCCAAACGAGUCGGCAUCUGCGCUAUGGCAGGUGUGAACCUCGGCCCCUUCCCGGAUUAUCGCUCUCGAUGGAUCAGUGGGUCGGCUGGAGAGCUGUUUGACUUUGCACUGCCUUUCAGCAAGGUCUCAAAAGAGUAUGAAGCGGCUCUUAAAUGUGCUCUCAAUUUUGGUGUCCGCAUCUCUUACAUCGGAAGUAUCGAUGACCAACUCGUUUCACUGGAGUCCUCCCUCUUCUCGCCCAUAGCCCACCCCUACGUCUACCGCGCCGUCUUCGUAGAUGGGCGAGUCCACGCCCCAAGCUUCCUCUCCCAUCUAGUUGGCUUUUCCCUUAAGCUUCGCAACCUAGGUAUCUCAGACCACGGUCUAAUUCGCGAACUAAGCACCCCAUUAGCAGGAAGCCUAUACUCAGGAGAGGGUCAUUCUCGGCUGUACGACGAUGAAGCCGUGUACUCCAUGGCCAUAGAAUUCGCACUCGAGACUUCUUCCGUCCCAGACUCCGCGCUCAGCGUCAAGCGAGCCAGCAGCUCCGGCACGCCAAACCCGUACAUUCUCCCCUUCGCCAUGCGCGGUCUACUUGAAGAGGAAUAUGUGCGCCAGGAGCUGCACGACGAGACUAUGGAAUUGCUCAGGCAAUUUGACGACUGGAAACCUUCUAGUAAGGUUCUAAAAGAUGUGAAGUUUAGACUAGAAGGUAUCCGGUCCAAGCUCUAG